UGGGCAGGCUCUAUCCCGCCGACCAUCACCUCAUUGACAUUGGGCAAGGAGUUCAAUCAGGCGAUCAGACCACGCACGCUACCCACAACACUACAAAUGCUGACCUUUGGCGACAUGUUCAAUCAGUCGAUCAAGAAGUGCACGCUGCCCAACUCAUUGAUCACCCUGACAAUGGGUCGAUCAUUCAACACAAAGUUCCAAAUCGGUUCAUUACCAUCGUCACUCAAAUCACUCAUACUUGGAGAUUCGUACAACGCCUCACUGAUGGCCAAUGUGCUGCCAGACUCUUUAACAUCACUCGUAUUCGGAGGAAAGUUCAAUCAGAAGAUUGAGGCCGGAAUGAUCCCAGCUUCACUCCUCACUCUCACCUUUGGAACUUACUUUGAUCAUCCAUUGGGAAUUCGAUCACUACCGCUCUCACUCACUCAACUUACAUUUGGUCACUCAUUCAAUCAUCAUAUAUCUUUCAAACUAGUCUUCAAUCAUCAGGAUGUUGAUGAGGACGAGGACGAGGCCGAGGACAGGCCCAAGGCAUCACUAGCCACAUUGAAGUUUGGUCAUUGUUUCUCGAAGGAUGUUGAUCUGAGUAUGCUUGGAUCACUCACAGAUGUUACAUUUGGAGACUUGUUUGAGAGAGUGAUCAUGCCAAACACACUCCCAUCAUCAUUACAAUCAAUCACUUUUGGAAAACGAUAUAUUCAUCCUUUGAAACAAGGAACUCUACCAUGUGGACUAAGGUCAUUGACUCUGGAUUCAUACUUUAAUCAACCAUUGAAUGAAUAUUCCCUGCCAUCAUCAAUCACCUCACUCAAGUUUGGAUCAGAGUUCAAUCAUCCAUUGUUUCCAGGUGUGCUCCCAACAUCACUCACACAUCUCGACGUUGGAUGGUCGUUUGAUCAUGUGAUUGGACAUGGCGUCCUACCAUCAUCCUUGCUUGAACUUGUGUUUGGCGAGUAUUUCAACAAGAUGGUGAUGCCUGGCACCCUGCCAAAUGGCCUCAAAUCAUUGACAUUUAGUAAUGAUUUUGAAGAACCAUUGUUGGAAGGAUCACUACCAUCAUCAAUCACUUAUUUGGUGUUUAUAGAAUAUGAUCAACCAUUUACCAAAGGUACACUACCACAGUCACUCACAUACCUUGACUUGGGCAACAAGUACUCCAAGUACAUUGCACCUGGAACACUUCCAAACUCACUUAAACGUUUGAAGCAUAUAAAUUGGAAACUGCAAUUGAUGGAUGGCACACUACCACAAGGAUUGGAAGAGUUGAGGAUUAAUGUAUGGAGCGAGGAUCAUGUAUGUCCAAACAGUUUGAAGAGGCUACAUUUAAAGAAUUAUUUGAAUUAUGGAUCUAUUCCAAAGUCAGUUGAAUAUUUACAUAUUUAUAGAGAGACAUGGAUUGAAACAGCAUUGAAAGAAACAAUACCUUUAUUGCCAUUAUCAAUCAAUACUUUAUCACUUAAAUUCCAAGCACCAAUGAAUGAUGAGAGAGAAUGUAUACAGGAUGCUACAAAUCUAUUCAAGAAAUUGGUAUCGGUCAAUCAGCAUAUAACAACAUAUCACAUUAGACUUUGGUGGACUUACAAAUCAGAGGGUGAACCCCUGUACGUCAAACUAACAUUCAGGUCAAUACCCGAGAAGUACCUAGCAUUAUUACUCAAUCCAUCUUUCCAUCCAACAUCAUUCAAUAUCAUCUCACUC